AUGUCGGACGCUGCCAAAUUCAGCUUUGGGAAAUUCGACUAUAUAUGCGAGCAUGCCGCCCUCGUCAUCUGCCCCAUGCUGGGCGACGAGCAGGGGAUAGCCCCGACGUGCUAUGCGAGGAACGUCCAGUUGGGAAAGCAGAUCAUCUUCCAGCCAGCCACCUGUAUAGUGCACAUCGCUGCCCUCAUCAUGACCGGCAUCAUGCUCUACCACGUCCGCUCAAAAUACACCGCCGUCGGUCGAAAAGAGAUCGUCCUCUUCUUCUACAUGUACAUGUUUGUCGAACUUUUCGCCAUUUUCCUUGAUUCCGGCAUCAUCCCUACCGCCAACAAGGUGUAUCCGUGGUUUGCGGCGAUAUAUGCGGGCUGUGUCGCCGCCUUGCAUUGGUGUCUGAUUCUGAACGGUUUCUUCCUCCGUAUAUCCUCCCUCGUCGUCGGCGGUGUCUGCUUUGGUAUCGCCAUUGCCACCUUCAAGGGCACCUCCUCCUCCUUCUCGCCCACCAACGCCGUCGGCCUAUUCAUCACCUACCUCGUCUUCCCCCUGAUCUGCAUCCUCGUCUACUUUGUCAGUCAGAUGCUUCUCGUCGUCCGCACGCUCGACGACCGAUGGGUCAUCGGAGACUUGCUCUUCAUGGCCGGCUUCUACGUCGCCGGUAUCCUCGUCCUCAUCGCCUUCUCCGUCACCAUCUGCGACGCCAUCUCCCACUACAUCGACGGCGUCUUCUUCUUCACCCUCGCCAUGCUCUUCACCGUCAUGAUGGUCUACAAGUACUGGGACUCCAUCACCAAGGAAGACCUCGAAUUCUCCGUCGGCUCCAAGCAGGCCGUUUGGGAAGUCAAGGACCCCCUCCUCGCGCCCAGUGCCGAGUACUAUGAGGACGAUGCCCAGUCGGCGUUCAGGGGUGGUGGAGGAUCGUUGGUGGGGGGAUACAACGGGAAUCAAUACUAUGGCAACGCCCCGUAUGCCAAUGGCCAGGCUCAGCAGGGGCAGUAUGCUCAGCAGCAGUAUGGGUAUGGACAGCAGUACUAG